AUGUCUUCUUCUGUUGAAAGAGAAAUUGGUCAAUUAUCAGAGUCCAAUAAUGUAAUCCUCAUGUUCUUGAUGGAAGAAACAUAUGAAUUUGAAGAUGAAUACUAUGAUGAUGAUAAACUUAUAAUAAAGGUCCAAUCGGCAAUCACACUACUAAAAAAUUCCACUCAAAAUUAUGCAUGGAAUAUCCCUUGUGAAAAGGAGAUGGAGCAUGUCGAAAAGGAAUAUGAAGAUCGAAAUUUCAUUGAUGAUUUUGAGAUGUAUUAUGGAGUUUUCAUAGAGCAAAAACAUAGAGAAAAAUAUAAUUUGUCCCAAUCCCAAGGACCAAAUGAUGCAGUAUUCUGA